AUGCGAAAAACAGGUCAGCGCGGGAAUAAUGGUAAAGAAGAGAACAGCGAUGACACGCGUGCCAUGUAUGAAAGAAGUUUUUCGGUAUUCGAGCGUAUAGAGCUCCGAUUGACCUUGUCCAACCCACUGGGUGUUAUCGUCAAGGUCCAGCAAGCAAAGGCGUGGAUUACCUUUUUAGAGGAAGACAAAGGCGUGACUGAAAAAGAUGGCAACACGAACCCAGCUAUUGAGGUUGAGUGCUACCCAUGUAUUUUCACACUGCAAUCAUACGAAAAGCGCAAGUCUGUAGUGCUGAGCAUCAAGCCGUUGAGAGUGGGUACCUUUCACGUUCGGGGGUGUUUCAUUAAGGCUUUCAACAUCAAGACAUUUUUUGAAUUGGACAACCCUGUCAACAUCUGUGUCGUAGCCGAGCUACCUAGGGUAUCCCUUUCUCUUCGUGAGCACAGCUCUAUGACGCUUAUGAGUGACGAAAAAGAGGUGGUUGCUACCAAGGCCCAACUUGCGAUGUUUUUGUCCGAGACAAGACGAUACACGGUCUCUAUACGUAAUACCGGAAACCGUCAAAUCACAAACUACAGGCUUGCAGUCACCAUUCAGCAUCGGCGUGAAGCAAAGCAUACAUAUGUGGUAUUCAACAACUUGCCACCGGUAUCAGCUACAACAGAGGAUGGUAGUGUGGAGGUAUUACGCAGCACCACCGAUAAUAUGAGCGCUAAUGAGUCUGGAACGGUCGACACGCCAUUUUUAUCGUUGAAGUGUGACAAGGUGGUGUCGCCUUCGCUACCGCUUGCAAGCGGUGAUCUCGUGAGCAUUCCUUUUGAGGUAUCACUUCGAGGAACUCAUAAGUCGGUGAAAGAUGAUAUUCAGAUUGAAUGGUGCUUUGUCUAUGCUGACGAGGCACCUUUCAGUCCAAAUGACAUUGGUGAUUCGGCAGAUGCAAUCUUUUAUCGAGAAAGCAAAUUAGCUUUAGAGGUCGUGUUACUUCCGUCGCUGAUGCUUGAGUCAGUAACGUUGCUCCCCUGUUCUGCAGUACAGAUUCCGACAAGUUGCCGACCACACGUAGAUGAAACAGGUGCGGCUUGUAGCAUUGGUAACUCAGCUCAGGUAGUGACUACGGACUGUUUGUAUUGUGUCAUCAUGGUACACAUCGUCAAUCCUACGGAAACAUUAUUUCGAUUCCGCUUGCGUCACAAUACUGAUACCAGCGGUGAUGUCAUUUGUGAAGAGGAAAUUGGUCGUCGAUGUUCUCGCCGUUUUAUUGUAGAAGUUCCGCGCUUUCAGUCUCUAACUUCAGACCAAGAGCCUUCCAGCUUGGCUAAUGUACUGAAUGAUCUUGUGAAAAUGGAGUGGGAGACGUACUUUGGUAUACAAGGACGACUUCUUUGCGAGGAUCACAAUGUGGGAUCGUUUACUGACCACGAACAAGCAAAAAUAGAGCUUUUCUUACCACCAGUUCGCUUCCAGAUGGAGUCCCCGCACAAAGAUUUCGCGUUAGCUGGAGAAGGCUUGAAACAAGAUGGAGAUAUGGGUGUAUUGAAGAGCACAAGGGGAAGGAGCAUCUCGCUUCGCACGUUAAACUUCUUCGAGCUGUCGCAUCUGCGUGUCAAGUCGCACAAAUUGCAAACCACACUGUUUGAAUACGUUCCGAUUGCUAUUGCGGUUCAGCGCGUAGACAACAAAGAGCGCGCGCUUUCCUUGGAGGUGGAAGUGAUGAUUACUGAUGAAGGAGAGAAAGCUGUUCGUAAGAUGAGCAACCAUGUAAUGGUUGUGGGAAAACUAAAAGUCUACGUUCAAUGGGAUGACAGGAUGGAUUGGAGCACACAACUUCACGAGAUUCAGUGUAUGUUUUUGUCGGAAGGUAAUUUUCGCGUUACAGUGUGCGGUCGGAUCCUUAGCUCCGAUAUGAAGCAAGUUGGUGGCGAGAUCUGGUGCCACCAAUCGAUACAUAUAUGCGUUCGAUCGAAAGACGCAUUUGUCGCCGAAUAA